AUGAUGGGCCUAUCGCAGUGGCUGCCGAGCCACAUCUUGCCCGCAAUACGCCAGCAGAUAAGAACCGCCGCGCAAAUCACCUCGAUCCACGCCGUAACGUCCAUCAGAACCACGCCUCCCUCAAAACAACACACAAUCGAAGAAGCCAACAAGCGGAAACAACUCUUGGACAGACCCGGUUUGUUCGGAAUCAAGCGCGGGAUGAUGACGUGGUUCACGCCCCAAGGGGAACAGCACGCCGCCACCGUGAUUGAGGUUGACUCUGUUGAGAUUUUGGGCCACAAGACCCGCGAGCAAUGGGGUUACGACGCCAAUAUCGUGGGCACCAUCGACAAGCUCAAGAACGUGGCGCAACCGCAAUUGAAGAUGUUUGAGGAGGCGGGCACGGCGCCCAAGUUCAAAUUCGGCGAGUUUCGCGUGCGCGAUGGGUCGGGGUUGAUCCCCGUGGGGACGGAGUUGAAGGCGGACUAUUUCGCGGUGGGCCAGUUGGUUGACAUCAAGGGGAUUACAAAGGGGAAAGGGUUCGCUGGUGUGAUGAAGAGAUGGGAUUUCAAAGGUGGCAGGGCCUCGCAUGGUGUUUCGAAGGCCCAUAGGAAGCCGGGUGCCACCGGUGGUAAUCAGAACCCAGGGCGGGUCUUCCCAGGUAAGAAGAUGGCUGGGAGAAUGGGAGGUAAGAACCUGACUGAUUUCAAUAAGGAGGUGUUGCACACCGAUGCUGACGCGGGCAUCUUGAUUGUCAAAGGGUGCAUUCCUGGGCCGAACAAGAGUAUAGUGCGAGUCGCCGAUGCUAUCAAGCUCUAUGGAAAACGUAUCGGCCAGACAUAA